GCAGUCAAGUCUAUCCUUCCCUCAAAGCAAGAUGAAGCCAAGAGGCGAGAAGCCCGUCGCAAGUCUCUCGCAAACCGCAGAGUCUCGUUUGCUCCCGAAGCAACCCUCCACACCUGGGACGUCAUCGAGUACAUGCGCGAUGCCACUGCAUCAUCCAAUGCCUCUGACCGUGCAAGAGCACAUCAACAGCCCGACUCGGAUCCUCCCUCCACUCCGCCAGAGCAAGCCGACGACCAUGACCAAGACGAACUACCACAGUCUCCCGAACACCAGCGCGGUGCCCACCAGCAGAAGCGCCGACGAAGCUCUGCCAUCCCACCCAUGAACUUCAACGACCUCGACGAGUACUCUUCCUCCCCAGUCAGCGGCAGUAGCAAUGUCGAAGCUAGUAGCGAUGUUGAAGAGAAUGUCGAUUCUGAGGAUGACGGAGAGAGCACAGCUAUGAGCCUGGACCAGGGAGACAACACCCUGCUCUCUCAGCAGUCUCGAGACAGCACCGGCUCGAGCGCCCGCCUGGACGCUGCGUUGCAACAAGCUGCUGCUCAAGCCGGCACUCGUGGCAUUGACUUUGACGAGUAUGGCGACAUGUCUAUGGAAAUGGCUGGCGACGAGGUCACAAACGCUUUCAAGCCCUGGGCCCAAGGCCAGCACUUUGCAGUUGGUGACGAGAACAACAACCCGUUCGACUCGGUAUUUCGCCCUGGACCACAACCUGGAGAUGAAGAGGACGAGGAAGACGACGACAUGAGCAUGGACAUGACACGCGCAGUCGGUCGCAUCCUGCCCCAACAGCAGCCCCAGGACGAGCAAGAAGAGACCGAGGAUGAGGGUGACAUGACAAUGGAUAUGACCAAGCCCAUAGGCACAAUCUGGACAGCCAACCAGCCUCAGUCGCAACCACAAGAGCAGGAGGAAGACGAGACACGCGACAUGACUAUGGACAUGACACGACCCCCCACAAGACGUACCGUCGCUCAAGCACGCGAUGCGAAGCGCAGACGUUCAUCCUCGUCUCGCCAGUCUCUGGGUGAUGCCACAAUGGACCUGACUGUGGCUGUUGGUGCCAUUCAACAGGGACAGCAGUCUCCAGUCAAGAAGGACAGAAGAUUGAGCUCACGCAGUCGACGCUCUUCUGGCGCUUCAUCCAUUAUGGAAGAGCAGACUAUGGACUUUACUAUGGCAGUUGGUGGCAUCAAACAGCUACAACAGCCAAAAUCUCCAAGAGAACAGUCUAUCCUCGAAGAGGACGAUGCCGAAGAGAACGAAGACAUGUCUAUGGAGUUCACUGCUGUUAUACCCACAACACCCAAGGACCAGGACCGCUUCAAGGAGACACGCGAUCUGGCUGCCAAGAAGCUUCUGACACCAUUGUUCGAGAAGCAAGUGCCUGGCUCGGCCGUCAAAGAUUCUGCUGGUUCGAGGAGAAGCUCUGCUCGCAAGUCUGUCUCUGAACAGCCUGCCGCGACUUUGCCUUUCCUCAGCCCAGCAGCUCUUGCCAUCCCUCAUCGAAGUCCUGCAUCUGCUCGCAAGAGUCCUUCCUCCCGCAGAACGCCUACUUCUGCACAAAAGACUCCUUCGUCUGCUCAGAAGAUACCUUCAUCCGUUCGCAAGACACCAGUGUCAGCAACGAAGAGCCCUCACUUUGCUCAAAAGCUCUUUGAAUCCGCUCAACACACUCCUCUAGCUCAAACAAGCCCUAUCUCUGUUAAGCAGAAUGGCUCAGCUCUGAAGCUCGCCUCUGCACACAAAAACUCCAUCAAACACCUUUCAACACCGAGCAAGGAGAUUGGCACGAGUCCCUUGAAACGUCUUCGCGCUUUGACUCCCAAAAAGUCUCCCGCGAAGAAGAUGAUGACGCCAAAGAAGAUUGCAACACCUAAGCUGUCUACACCAUUCAUUGUUGAAAACAAGAACGCACCUGGUCUACUAGACCUCGAAGCUGCCAAGAACAUUUUUGCUGUGCCCAAGACUGGACCACCAGCGAGAAAAGUUCAGCUCAAUGAAUUUUUGGACCUCGCUGGUAUCAAAUUCAUGGACUUGACUGCCUCAAAACGCAGACAUACUGUCGCGCCUACGCCUAGCGAGACAUAUGGAGUCGAUGGUGAAGACCAGAAUAUUGAUCUUGAAGGAGCGGUUGUUGCGGGUGCUUGCACUAUGCCCAUGCUCGACUUGUUUCAGCAUGCUUGUCGUGAACUCAAGAAAUACAUAUCUGAGGGCAAAUCUUUUCUCAAGAACAUGGAAGUCGAGGUCUAUGAUGAACCACCACCAUUUUUUCAGGCUUACAUGGAUGCUACGCCUGAGCACAAAUCUCAAUUGGAUGUAAACAUGAGAGAUGCCAAGACAAACGCAAGAAUGAGAAGUAAGGAGAUUUGGUAUGGCUGGCGCAGCCAACUUCUGGACGGCCUUUCCGAUGGUCUUGAUCGCACCCGAACAGGUCUUGACGCAGAUGCUGAAGUUCUUGGUCAGAAGCAACAGUCACUCGAUUCUGUACUUCCCGACAUGCUCCAGCACUACGAAGAUCUGCUAAACGAGGCGGAACAGUUAGAGCAAGCUGCAGCUGCGACUUCGGAGGAAGAGAAAGAGGAGCUGCGUGCUUCCCGUGCUCGCCUGGUCGAGGUCGAUGAACAAAUUGAGGAGCGCAAGCGCAUGCUGGCCGGCCUCCAGCGUGAUGUCGACGAGCAGGACAAUCUUGCCGAAGCUUAUGAGGAAGGCAAAAUGGAAAGUUUGGCUGCCAUACAGGAGGCCGAGCGAGUCAAGGAGUCAUGUCGUGGGUUCACCAUUGACGAGGUCCAGUCGCUCAAAGCUUCAGUAGCACAGCUUGAAAGGCAAACUGGCUGGGCUAUUGCCACCGCCUCUGGGUCCAAUCUCACGAUGACCUACAAAAACACCCUGCAGCUCUAUUUUAACACAACCUCCUUCAAGAUCACUUCUUCCGCCCAAGCGCAAAACCCAGCAAACUCGCCAAUUUCACUUACUCACAUUACCCCUGCCAGUCUGAGCACCGAGAAACGUUUCUUCCUACAACUCAUGCGCGCACAGCUGCAGUGCCUGGACCAGAACACCAUCUCUGUGAAACAAUUGCUCGACUUUGUUCAACGAGGUUGGGAUGCAGCAUCGCUUGUCGCCGAGCAAGUGCGCUGUUUGACACUGGAGCAGCUUGUCAAUGUUAGCAUCCUUAGCGAUGAGAGUCUCGCCAUCGACGUCUGCAUCUUAUUGCCCAAGGUUGAGACCAAGGUCAAGAUUGGAAUCCGACUGACAGCUACGCUCUCAGAUCCCGAGGCAGAAGACUUGGACAUCAAACAUGAUAUUGAUGUCGAGGCUCAGGUCGUGUACGGCGAACCCUACAACGAGAAAAACAUGUCCGAGUUCGUAGGCAAGAGGGUCAGAGGUCAAGGAUCUGAGGGCUGGGACGCGACUGUCAGGGAAUUGAAGAUGAGACUCGUCGCGACCGGACGUAAGACACGUUGA